AUGCUGAUCUCCACUAGUUGUUCUUCGCACAUCCGGAGAGCAGUCCCCAAAGUACUUCACUUCUCGAUUAUCCCAGAGGCUCGGAGCGCAGCCCAAUUAUGGCACCAACCAAAUCCCCGCGCAACUCCACCCGGCCAGAAUCUGGGCUUCAGGAUAAUUCACCCGUUUCGACCGAUCCACUCUCAGCCCGAUCCAAAUCACCAUGAUACACCUCAAAGGCAACGGUUGUUUGAUUUAUCGCUUAGCUUUUCGCGAACGCAGCUGAGUGGGAACACGGACAUGCAAUACACGCGCUACAAUGGCCAUGGCGUGGCGAUGCCCUUCAACCGGCUGACGAAGCUCGACAUGGUCAACCAAUUUGGCCUAAGCGCACGCGAUCUGCGCACACUUGAUGUCCCAUCGGAUGGCUUCCCACAUCUCCUCAUCCGAGAAUCCACCCUGCUGAUCCAUAUGUUCAAUCUACGGCUGCUGGUGCAAGCCGACCAGAUGCUGGUCUUCCACAUAGAACCAACGCCCACACAAGAACCCGAUACGAUCUCACGCGUCUUCCUCCGUGAUCUGGAGUCGAAACUACGCGGGGACCCCGGCUUGGGAGUGUCCGUGGGCUUGCCGUACGAACUGCGCGUCCUCGAGGCGGCAUUGGCGGCGGUCACCUCCACCCUCGAAGCGGAAUAUGUGCUAACCAAGGAUCAAGUUAUGAAGACCCUACGAAUGGUGGAUAAGGAAGAAGGCGAGAUCCAUUCGAAUCUUCGAACAUUGUUAGAGCUCGUGCGAAAACUCGCAGCGACCGAAAAGCGCGCGCGGCAGGUCCGCAGUGCGGUCCAAGACGUGUUGAAUACGGACGAGGAUAUGGCCGGGAUGUACCUCAGCGACAAGCAAGCCGGAAAGCCCCACCACGUGGAGGACCAUCAGGAUGUGGAAUACUUGCUGGAGGCGUACUACAAGGCGAGUGAUGCGGUCGUCCAGGAAGCGGCGAGCCUAAUGGGAACAAUUCAACAGACGGAAGAGAGUAUACAGUCGAUGCUGGACGUGCGACGCAACCAGAUCAUGGUGCUGGAAGCCAAGAUUGAGAUCCUAAUGUUAGGAAUGGCCGUGGCAACGCUCGUAGCGGGCUGGUACGGCAUGAAUGUCGUCAACUACUUCGAAGAGAGCGGCACGGCCUUUGCAGCACUGGUUUCAUCCUGUCUGGUCGCCAUCGCGUUUCUUUCGCGAUAUGGCUUCCGGCAGCUGCGGAGGAUCCAGAAAAUGCAUCUAUAG